AUGACCCUUGACACAAUCUUUGACAUUUCCCCUGAAAAUUCCGGAAAACGAAAGCAAGGUCAACGCGGGAGCUCCCUUUCAGAGGACCAAAAACGUCAAAAUCAUGUUUCCUCCGAGCAAAGGCGGCGCCAGGCUAUGCGAGAAACUUACGACACAUUGGUAGAGAUGGUUCCCGAUUUAUCUUCAAAGCAGCGACGUUCAGAGAUGCAGAUCUAUGCAAGAAGCUAUAAUUACCUCGUAUGGCUAUAUGAGCGCAAUCGAAUUCUGCGAGAACAGCUCCAAGUGGCCUCCGGUUCUGAACCCAAUGACAGUCUUAGGUUCGAGCUUCCCCAGCCUAUUAGAGAUAACCUCGAGAAGUGA